GAGACAGCACGAAGCAUCUUGGCCCACACCUGCCCAGGGGCACCUCAAGGUUGCCAGCAUGAUGGCGGAGAAGGCACUGGAGGCCGUGGGCUGUGGGCUAGGACCGGGGGCUGUGACCAUGGCCGUGGCGCUGGAGGAUGUGGGGGAUCCCCCUGUGCUGACCACACACCUGAAGAAGGUGGAGAACCACAUCACCGAAGCCCAGCGCUUCUCCCACCUACCUAAGCGCUCAGCUGUUGACAUUGAAUUCGUGGAGCUGUCCUAUUCCGUGCGGGAGGGGCCCUGCUGGCGAAAACGCGGUUAUAAGACUCUCCUCAAGUGCCUAUCAGGUAAAUUCUGCCGCCGGGAGCUAAUUGGCAUCAUGGGCCCCUCAGGGGCUGGCAAGUCCACAUUUAUGAACAUCUUGGCAGGAUACAGGGAGUGUGGAAUGAAGGGACAGAUCCUGGUCAAUGGGAAGUCACGGGAACUGAGGACCUUCCGCAAGAUGUCCUGUUACAUCAUGCAGGAUGACAUGCUGCUGCCACAUCUCACAGUGCUGGAAGCUAUGAUGGUCUCUGCUAACCUGAAGCUGAGUGAAAAGCAAGAGGUGAAAAAGGAGCUGGUGACGGAAAUCCUGACAGCAUUGGGCCUGAUGUCCUGCUCCCACACGAGGACAGCCCUGCUCUCCGGAGGGCAGAGGAAGCGCCUGGCCAUCGCCCUGGAGCUGGUCAACAAUCCACCUGUCAUGUUCUUUGAUGAGCCCACCAGUGGUCUGGACAGCGCCUCCUGUUUCCAAGUGGUGUCCCUCAUGAAGUCCCUGGCCCAGGGAGGCCGUACCAUCAUCUGCACCAUCCACCAGCCCAGUGCCAAGCUCUUUGAGAUGUUUGAUAAGCUCUACAUCCUGAGCCAGGGUCAGUGCAUCUUCAAGGGUAUGGUCACCAAUCUGAUCCCCUAUUUGAAGGGCCUUGGCUUACAUUGCCCCACCUAUCACAACCCAGCUGACUUCAUCAUUGAGGUGGCCUCUGGCGAGUAUGGAGACCUGAACCCCAUGCUGUUCAGGGCUGUGCAGAAUGGGCUGUGCGCCAUGACUGAGAGGAAGAGGAGCCCUGAGAAGAAUGAGGUCCCUGCCCCCCGCCCCCCUUGCCCUCUGGAAGUGGAUCCCAUUGAAAGCCACACCUUUGCCACCAGCACCCUCACACAGUUCUGCAUUCUCUUCAAGAGGACCUUCUUGUCUAUCCUCAGAGACACGGUCCUGACCCACCUGCGGUUCGUGUCCCAUGUGGUGAUUGGUGUGCUCAUUGGUCUCCUCUAUCUACACAUUGGCAAUGAUGCCAGCAAGGUCUUCAACAACACGGGUUGCCUCUUCUUCUCCAUGCUGUUCCUCAUGUUUGCUGCCCUUAUGCCAACUGUGCUUACCUUCCCCUUAGAGAUGGCAGUCUUCAUGAGGGAGCAUCUCAACUACUGGUACAGCCUCAAAGCAUAUUACCUGGCCAAGACCAUGGCCGAUGUGCCCUUUCAGGUGGUGUGCCCAGUGGUGUACUGCAGCAUCGUGUACUGGAUGACAGGCCAGCCAACCGAGACUAGCCGCUUCCUGCUCUUCUCAGCCCUGGCCACUGCCACAGCCUUGGUGGCCCAGUCUUUGGGGCUACUCAUUGGAGCUGCCUCUAACUCCCUACAGGUGGCCACGUUUGUGGGCCCAGUUACUGCUAUUCCUGUCCUCUUGUUCUCCGGUUUCUUUGUCAGCUUCAAGACCAUUCCCACCUACCUGCAAUGGAGCUCCUACCUCUCCUAUGUCAGGUAUGGCUUUGAAGGUGUGAUUCUGACCAUCUACGGCAUGGAGCGAGGAGACCUGACCUGCUCUAAGGAGCACUGCCCCUUCCAGGAUCCACAGAGUAUACUCCGAGCACUGGAUGUGGAUGGUGCCAAGCUCUACAUGGACUUCCUGGUCUUGGGCAUCUUCUUCUUGGCCUUGCGGCUGCUGGCAUACCUUGUACUCCGGUACCGGGUCAAGUCAGAGAGAUAGAGCUUUGCCCUGGUCUGUGCCUUAGUCCUGUAGCAGGAGGCCCCCAGCUCCGGCCCUUUGGGACUGUUUUAACCUUGUAGACUUGAGCACUGGUUGCUGGCACAGCUGCCUUCCCCUCUCUCAGCUCCUCCACAGGUCGGUGGACUGAUUGUGCUCUGGGCCCUGGCCCUUAGAAUUGGGGUGCAGCCCUCCAUGCUGUGCCCAGAAGUCUCCCCAAGUUGAUGUGAUUUGUAGCUUCCUCCCUUCUUUCUCUGACACCUGCAUGCAAAGA